AUGUCUACAAAAUCUCGAGAAUUUCAAUUUAUUCUUGGAACAUCCCAAAGUUACAAAAACUCGAAGACAAUCGAAGAGGAAUAUUUCGACCAAAAAAUAAAAGUCGAAAAACUGUUAGUAAAUCCCGCAUAUUCCAUUUAUUUGUCAUUAGAAGAAUUGACAGAAACUUCUGCUAAUUCGAGAGAAGGUUCCAAAUAUACGAAAAAUGAAAGGGAACAACCGCCGCGUUCCUUAAAUCCUUUUAUGAUUUUUCCAGAUAUUAUAUCAACUUUGGCGACCCAGGCAUGGAACGAACAGGAAAAUCCGGCUGUAUAUUAUCUUUUCAUAGAACUAGCCGAUCUAGCAAAAAAACGUUUAUUAUAUUCAAAUCCGGAAUAUAGAUAUGAACCUAGCAGAAAAAAAAGACCUAGGUCACCGCAAAAAAAAAAUAUUAAAGAAAAUUCUCUAGC